GCAUGAACCAACCUUCCUAUUGAGCGAUUCAGAAAAAAAGCGACAACGUUCUCGUCCCGCUCGCCUUUUUUCGUGUGUGUGUCUAUCGAGCCGUUUUCGUUGCGUUGUGUUUUCCCGUCAGCGUUAGUUUCGAUCCCUUAAGCCUAAUGAACAGUGUCUAUGUGAUGUCUGUCUUUGCUGCGUGUGUCAUCAUCGUUGCCCCGUAAUUGCUGUGCAGUUUGUUGGAGAAAUAAUUUAAAAAUAAGUUAUCCUAGUACACCGGUCAGUGUGAGCUGCUGUACGUACGUGUGGUCUAUGUGUGUGUGCGUGUGUAUAAUUGUUUUAUAGUGUUUGUGUCCCGGUGCAUGCACGCAUGUGUGUAGAUGCGUGCGGCUUCGUUUAUUUAAGUGAGCCGAAUAGUGCAAUCAAUAUUUGUGAAGAAUAUUUAUAAGCCAACAGUGCACUCGGUGAAAGAAUGCAUUUUAUGGGCUAGUAAAUUGUGUACAGUGUGUCCGUGUGUGUGUGUGUGCGCGCGCGUGUAAUUUUUGCGUGCACGUGUGCAUGAAUGUUUACUAAGCCAAUAGUGCGUGAGUGUUGUGAGUGCUUUUUCCUUGGUUCGGUGCACAUCGGUGCUCUUCCGUUCCAUCCAUUUGCUGCUGCUACUGCUUUCUUGCGUCCCUGAUCACAACGCAUGUGAUCGUGUAUCUCCGGUUGUACUUCGCUGCAGUGUAUUCAGUACCAGUGAUUGUUGGUAGCUCUAUGAAAAAUCCCUUUAAAGUGCAAAUUUUAGCUGCAAAAAACACAAUCAUCCAGUAAUCCUUCAAGGCACCAGGAUUCACCGGGCGCAGUUUUGUUGUUUGUUUUGAUCGAACCAGGAACACGAAUACGUCGGAAGUCUAGAUAAGCUGACAGGCAGACGGCGGCGGCAUAACGAUUCACACACUAAACGCACACACGCUUGGAACGAUCGCCACACAGCCACAAAAUGGAAGCAGUUGCAAAGCAUGACUUUAACGCCACAGCGGAUGAUGAGCUGAGCUUCAGAAAGAGCCAAGUUUUAAAGAUUUUAAAUAUGGAAGACGACAUGAACUGGUAUCGGGCGGAGCUCGAUGGCAAGGAAGGACUGAUACCUAGCAAUUACAUAGAAAUGAAAAAUCACGACUGGUACUACGGGCGCAUCACACGGGCGGACGCGGAAAAGCUGCUAUCGAACAAACACGAGGGAGCCUUUCUGAUACGGAUCAGUGAAUCGAGCCCCGGUGACUUUAGCCUGUCGGUCAAGUGUUCCGAUGGUGUGCAACACUUCAAGGUGCUGCGCGAUGCACAGGGCAAGUUCUUCCUCUGGGUGGUGAAGUUCAACUCACUGAACGAGCUGGUCGACUACCACCGUACCGCUAGUGUGUCUCGAUCGCAGGACGUUAAACUGCGCGAUAUGGUGCCAGAAGAGAUGUUGGUGCAGGCUUUGUACGACUUCGUAGCGCAAGAAUCCGGCGAACUGGACUUCCGACGAGGGGACGUCAUUACGGUGACGGAUCGUUCCGAUGAGCAUUGGUGGAAUGGCGAGAUUGGCAACCGGAAAGGACUGUUUCCAGCAAUAUACGUAGCACCGUACCAUUCAUAAAACAUAAGUAUUUUACUCGCCUCCUGGCACACACACACACCGUACAUGCAUACCCUCACAUACACAUGCCAACCGCGGAAACAUAAGCAACAUGGACAGAAUCAUGCAACAGGCAAACAGUGAACCACAUCAACAUCGAGGCAAAAGAGCAAACCGGACGCCCGCAACCACUUCCACAAAUACUCCACCAUCCCCACAAGGGGCGCGCGUAUACGCGCUCAGUUUUAUAGUACAGUUUAUACACGUUUGAAAGGUAACAGAAAAACAAUCCAUUCAGAUUAUUGAAAACAGUAAGGAGAUGUUAGAGUGUAACGAACAUGUCAACCAACAAUUGCCAGCAACUUCCGGUAGGGGCCGUUAUCAACCAGAUGACUUACACGCUAUUGCAGGGAAUUGCAACAAUUCGAAACAGAGCAAUGUACGCUUUUCGUUCUGGGUCUCUCUGUCACUCUCUCCCUCUCUCUCUCUCUACACACACACACACAUACACGAUAGUAGAAUGAUUUUAUUCGAGGCUGACAUUCGGGAAAGGAAUCAACGCAAAUGGCAAAAACACCCCUAUAAAUAUUAUAUAUUUUUUAAAUGUGUAGAGAAAAUGCAAAAGAAACGGAAAGAAAACGGAACAGCAAGGUGUAAACCAACGCAAUAGAAAACGUGCCAGGUAAAGAAGGAAAGAGGAGUAAAAAGACUCGAAAUAUGAGAAUGAAAGUGUGUAAUACGCUAGGUGUAGAAAUCGGGCUAAUAUUGAACGUUCAAGUUAGGUUUACGAAUGGAAAAAGAGCGGAAGCGCGCGCUGGCCCGAAACAUGUUUCGGGAAGAACAAAAAGAAAACAAAAAAAAGGAAGGCAGAAAUCUGAGUACCACGUCUCAUAAUAUCACACAAAUCAAAAUGAGAUCAAAAGCUAAACUCGAAACACGGUUCGAAUAUGCGAAUGGAGCAUGUUUUUAUUGGUAGUCCUUUUGCUGUAAUGCUUACGUUAUUUAAUCGAAUCAAAUCAAUAACCGAAAACACAAUCUCAAUUAGAUGCUUGUUGUAGAGACAUUUUUUUGAACAAUCUUACACAAUUUAUACUCCUUUUUAAAGUGCAUUUGUUUUGCUUUUGUUCAGCAUCCAAUUAUCUAGCUUCUUGUGUGUGUGUGUGUAUACAGUAACUAUCGUUUGAUGGAAAUGCCAAUCAUUUUCUAAUCAUCCUUUCUGUUGCACGGUUUCAUGGGGUUUUUUUACCCAGUCCAUGCUACGUUUUGUGUCUCUAACAGGCAACAUUUACAUUUGCUACAUCAUCUAGCAAAACAAUGAAGAUUUUUCAACGGUUGAAUUUGAAUGUGAUUUUUUAAACGUCCUUUACCUGGUUUUACCCCGGUAAAGAUACAGUCAGCGCGGUAGUAAAACACAAAUCAAAACCUAUAGUAAGCUGUAUUGCUAACAACAUUUACAAAACCACCCGUGUAAGUACACAAUUUGCGCAAUAAGUUCGUAAAUUUCGUAUCGCGUGUGUAUUGCCAAAAUGAGACGUACGGAUUUUUGAAACUUUAAUUAAACUUAAAAGAAACACAACACAAACCCAAUCCCGCUACCAUAACGUACCCCGCGAUUGGUGCAAACGAAAUGAGAAAGCCGUGUAUACUCGUCGUUGGCGUUGGAAGUGGUGUAGCGUGAAUGUGGCGACUGUGAAGCACAGUGAAUCAGAAUGCGAAAAGUAAAACAAAAAAAAAGAUGAAAGUGGAAGAAUAAAUGAAUCCUCAAGUGAAAAACCCAUUUGUAUAAAGGUUAAGCAUAAAGAAAACAGCGCAUUUCUUCAAACAAGUGACAUAAUAAAGUUGAAAGAAGAACUCAAAACACAAAACAAAACCAGACAAAACGUAAACCGAGCAAAACAAUCUCUCGUAGGAAUGGGAAAACAAACAUGAGCAAACAACAAACGAAGGCGAAAGUUGUACUUGUGGGUGGUGUGUGUGUAUGUGCGUAUCUUCUCGGGAAGCGCGAGACCAUAUACUAUCUAAUUAGCGAGGCCACAAAAUGAAACAACAACAAACGCUUGGAAGUUGAGGACGAACGCUGGUAGGAACGGACGAACGGACGGCGAGAACUAGUGGAGAAAAGUAGUAGUGAACAUGGAAGAAGAAAAAAUAUUAAGAGCAAACAAGAAACAAACUAAUAAUAACACCAGAGAUAUAAAAAUA